AUGGCCCGCGUUUUGGAAGGCAAAUUCGGCAUCGUCACUGGCGGCUCGCGGGGAAUCGGCGAAGCCAUUGCGCGCAACCUGGCCGCAAAGGGCUGCUCCCUCCUCCUUAACUUUUCCUCAGAGUCCUCGCGCGCCCCUACCGAAGCACUCUGCUCCUCCCUAGCCUCAACCCACGGCAUCAAGUGCGAGAGUGUACAAGCAGAUCUCAGCAAGCCCGCCGAAGCUGUGACACCCAUCAUCGCAGCUGCACAGCAACACUUUGGCAAGGAUGGCAAGCUUCAGAUCGACAUCCUCGUCAACAACGCAGGUGUCUCCGCAGACCGCAACCUAAACGACGCAACAAGGGGCCCCAUCGAGGCCGAGCACUUCAACUGGCAAUAUGCAAUCAACGUACUCGCUCCACUCCUCCUCACACAGGCCUGCAGCCCCUACCUCCCCACAGACCGCAGCGGUCGUAUCGUCAACAUCUCCAGUGUAUCCUCAUCCCUUGGAUUCGUUGGCCAGUCCAUCUACGGUGGUACCAAGGCUGCCCUCGAGGCUAUGACUCGCACCUGGGCGCGUGAGCUUGCUGAUCGUGCCACUGUUAACGCCGUCAACCCUGGUCCUGUUAUCGGUGAUAUGUACUUCGCUACUGGAGACCAGUUCUGGAAGGAUAUUCAGGGUUAUCAGGAUAAUACUCCGCUGAGCAAGUUGGAUAUUAAUAAUGAGGAUACUAUGAGUCGCUUGACGGAUGAGCAGAAGCGCUUGAUUCAGGAGAAGAUGGGUGGGCGUCGGCCUGCUUUUACUAGUGAGGUUGCUGGGGUUGUUGGUAUGCUUUGCACACCUGACGGUCUUUGGUGUACUGGUAGUGUAGUUUGUGCUAAUGGUGGUAUGAAGAUGGGGCAAUAA